AUGACUGGCACUGGAAGAUUGGCAAAAAUGGCAAAUCAUAUGCUUAUAAGUACUUCGAUUCUGAUGGCUGCUAUUUUGAUGUAUGCAUCAGCCAUCUGCGCUAAACACAAUGCCACCCCAUGCUCAGUUCAUUCUGAUGAAGAAAACUCCUUCUUGAUUGAUUCUGUCAUUUCCAAAUCUGAGCGAUCUAAGAGAGACGUUUCACAAACUGAUAAAUGUGUAUGGAUUGGUCAUCACUUAGUUCAUAAUGAAAAAGAGAAUACUAACGAUUGCUAUUGUGAUGAUAGCAGCGAAUGCUCAUUUGGAUAUAAAAACGUUACCAAGCAUGAAAGCAAGAAAGACAAAAAGAAAAAAAACAAAAAAUGUAGCUGCAACAAGACCAAAAAACCAAAAGCGACCACUCCAUUCUCUUUGGUUACAGAACCAUCAGAGCCAUCAGGUCCCUGGGCUCCUGGAUGUCCAUCGAAACCCGGAUCAGAUGAUGGAUCUUAUGGCAAAAAGCAUUGUGUCGCUAUAGACCAUAACGGAAAAUGGAAAGAUUGUAGUUGUGAACGACCCGGAACUGGUAUCGUCUGCAAGAAGGAGUGCUCUCCAUAA